AUGGGUUCGGGUUGUUGCGGAUCGCCGCCAGCUCCAGUCACCGAGCCGCCUGCUGCCCCCACCGCCGCCUCGAGCGACGCGACGAGUAGCUGCCAGGACGCCUGCUGCGAUGGCAACGACGGCGACGCCGCGCCUCUCGAGACCAGCGAGCCAGGCCAGGCAGCUGUGCCUCUCGAUGACAACUGCUGCUCCUCUGGCAAGUGCGCGGACGACGACUCCGAAGAGGAGAGCGACGUGCCUGAUUGCUGCCCCGACACGACUGCCCCAUGUUGCGACACGUCGUGCCUUGACCGUCUGGCCUUGCGGGAAUGCAGCAUGAGCGAGCACCUUCCACCCAAAGAGGACGCCCAGGCAAUAGCUUUCGAAGGACCUGCCGACGGCAAGGCCUGUAACCGCCAUCUCACCUCGGCCCUCGACCGCUAUGGCGCCACGCUCCAGGCCCUGGGCUGCCUCUGUCGUUCCCUUAUCGCUCUCGGUCAGGAAACGUGCUGUGAGAUCCGCGAGCGUCACUCGCUGAGCAGUGCGAUAUCCUCCCCCAGCAUUGAGAAGCAAUCCUCUCGCUCCCUUGCUCGCAACCACCCCGAUUCUUACUGCAGCACUGGUCCCGCCACCCCAAGUCAGGCUGCGCAGAACCGCCUGCGCCUGCGCAAGACGUGUGGCCAGAGAGUCGCGUCAGCCACCAAGCCAUCCGCGGAUGCCUGCGCAGGGUCCUGUUGCCCCAAGGAUAAGCCCUUUAAUGCUCCAUCCGUCAAGGAAGACGGCUGUCAGGUUUCUUGCGCUGAUGCCUGCUGCUCCUCUUCUGCCACUGCUGCGCCUGUUGUCGACAAGCUUCCGACCCAGACCAUCAGCGACGUGGAAAAACAGGGUGCCGGCAAGGAGCAUGUCGUCCUUAGCGUGUCCGGCAUGACCUGCACCGGCUGCGAGACAAAGCUCAAUCGGACCCUCGCCACGGUCCCCGCCGUGCGCGACCUGAAGACGAGCCUGGUUCUCUCGCGGGCCGAGUUCGACAUUGAUCUUCGCCUCGGAUCUGUGGAAGAGGUCGUGAAGCAUCUGGAGCGCACGACGGAAUUCAAGUGCGAGAGGAUUCGGAGCCAGGGAGCGAGCCUGGACCUCAUUGUCCCCGGCGAUCCAGCGUACUUUAUGAGUCAGACGUGGCCCGAGGGUGUCAUUGACAUGGCACUCGUGGGCAGGCAGACCGUCCGCGUUGCGUUCGACGCCAAGACUGUGGGCGCCCGACACCUCGUCGAGAAGAUCUGGGGUCCGCCAGUUGAACUCGCUCCGCCUCGCGGUGACACGGCGCUGGAGGCGGGAAGCAAGCAUGUCCGCCACGUUGGAUACAUGACGCUCGUCUCCGCUAUCUUAACAAUUCCUGUCCUCGUACUGGCUUGGGCUCCUCUUCCCGCCAGGCGGGAGCUGGCCUAUUCCGCGGCCUCCCUCGCGUUGGCAACCAUUGUCCAAGUGGUCAUCGCAGGUCCAUUCUACCCUAAGGCACUAAAGGCGCUCGUCUUUUCCCGAGUCAUUGAGAUGGACCUCUUGAUAGUUCUGAGUACUAGCGCUGCCUACAUUUUCUCCGUUAUCUCCUUUGGAUACUUUGUCGCGGGGAACCCGCUUUCGACAGGACAGUUCUUCGAGACGAGCACCCUCUUGGUCACCCUGAUCAUGGUCGGCCGAUGGGUUGCAGCGCUCGCUCGUCAGAAAGCUAUCGAGUCGAUAUCUAUUCGCUCACUUCAGGGACCGACAGCCAUCAUUUUCGACAAGGAACGUGGAGGGGAACGUGAGAUCGACGCCCGACUCCUUCAAUAUGGGGACACGUUCAAGGUCCUCCCGGACACCAGGGUUCCGACCGAUGGCACCGUUCUCAUCGGUUCUUCCGAGAUUGACGAAUCCAUGCUCACGGGCGAGUCCAGGCCCGUGGAGAAGUAUCCCAAAUCGGUGGUCAUUGCUGGAUCGAUCAAUGGACCGGGCGUGAUGACCGUGCGGCUGACCCGUCUCCCCGGUGACAACACCAUCCACGCCAUCGCCGCCAUGGUGGACGAGGCCAAGCUCUCCAAGCCGAAGCUGCAGGAUCUGGCAGACCAGGUAGCAUCCUACUUUGUUCCCGUGGUCGUGGCAUUGACGAUUAUCACGUUUGUCAUCUGGAUCGCAGUGGGCGUGGCCGUCCGAGGCCAGGGCGCAGCGAAAGCGAUCGUCGAGGCCAUCACGUACGCCAUCACCGUUCUCAUCGUGUCGUGCCCGUGCGCGAUUGGACUUGCUGUCCCGAUGGUCAUCGUGAUCGCCAGCGGAGUCGCGGCGGAACGGGGCAUCAUCUUCAAAUCCGCGACGGCCAUCGAAGUCGCCCACAAGACGUCGCAUGUCGUAUUUGACAAGACGGGUACUCUGACCAGAGGCAAUCUCGCCGUCGUUGGGAACGAGUGCAUUGACGACGAAGCACUUCCUCUUCUCCUUGGUCUGGUGGAGAAUAGUCGACACCCGGUUUCGGUUGCAGUAGCUGCCCACCUCAGGGGCACUGGAGUCACGCGUGUCACCGUCCCUGAGCCCAAGAGUUUGACUGGAAAGGGCAUCGAAAGCACCCUCAGCGGUCGGAAGCUGCAAGCUGGUAACUCCCGGUGGUUGGGCCAGUCGGAUAACGAGCUCGUCCAGCCAUUGCUUACCCAAGGUUGCACUGUGCUUUGCUUUGCGAUUGACAAUGAAGUAAAGGCGGUCUACGGACUGAAGGAUGAACUUCGACCUGACGCUGCAAAAACGGUUGAGACCCUGCAGGAGCGUGGCGUCUCGGUACAUGUGGUAUCGGGCGACGACGACGGAGCCGUCCGGACCCUGGCGUCCAAGCUGCGCAUUCCCGCAGAGAACGUCCGCUCUCGAAGCUCGCCUGCCAACAAGAAGGACUAUAUCCAGACGCUCCUCGGCACUGUCACGGGUCGCAAGCAGCCAGUUGUCGUCUUCUGCGGCGACGGCACGAACGACGCCGUCGCUCUGGCGCAGGCUACCAUUGGCGUCCACAUGAACGAGGGCACGGACGUGGCGCAAUCCGCCGCGGAUGUCGUUCUCAUGCGUCCCAGCCUGAGUGGCGUCCUGACCAUGAUCAACGCCAGCCGCAAGUCCGUCCAUCGCAUCUGGUUCAACUUUGGAUGGAGCUUUGUCUACAACACGUUUGCGGUUCUCCUUGCUGCCGGCGCCUUUGUCAACGCGCGGAUUCCUCCCGAGUUUGCCGGGCUGGGAGAGUUGGUCAGCGUGCUGCCGGUCAUUGCUGCCGCGGUGCUCCUGCGCUGGUCUAAGAUCUAG